GUCUGCUCAGUGGAAACAGUAGCCUGUGCCUGGUUUGGUCCUUGCUCGUUUUAAUGUAGCCUUCAGUCACGCUAUGGAGCUCUUAACAGCCGUGCUGUUGGCCUUCGCUAUGCACCGUGGAGAAUGCAGUCCGGUUGUCAGCCCGCCGCGCCACACCGCCAGACCCGGAGAAAGCGUCAGGAUGCAGUGCAGUAUUGGCACCGCGCUUGUCGAGUCCUCUCUGAUCAGCUGGUACCGAGAGCGGCCGUGCGGAGUCCUGGAGCCCGUAACCCAGUUUAUCAGACAAGUUCUUACAAAUGGGCGCUAUACUGGUGAAAUACAUAACGAAAACGGGAGCUUUUUCCUAACGAUUGGAAAUGUUCAAAGGAACGAUUCGGGAUUGUAUUUCUGCAUCGUCAGAGCUUCGGGCACAUUCAUCCCCGGCAGGAGCUCCAGGCUGGUUGUAACGGACCCGCAGAUAACCCCGAGUGUCCAGCUAUUCUCCCCGGGCCCGUCUGAAGACGAGAUGGGCUGGACUGAGCCGGUUCUGGUUGUGUGUUUAGUGAGAGACGCCUCCCCACUCUGGGGCCCAGUCUUCUGGACAAUCCCUGGGGUCUCCGCUGAACCCACGCCGCGGCUCGAAGAGGUGCUGACAGAACCUGACAGUGCUUACACCGUAACGAGCCACAUCACAGUCAGCGUGGAGCAAUGGGAGAGCGGGGGAGUGGCGUGUGAGGUUCACAAUAACGUUACCGGAGAGGUUUAUACAUCCGGGAAUGGCACACAUGGGAAUUCCAUUUUUGGAGAAGGGGGUACAAACUGUCUGCAUGUUCUAUAUUACGGAUUGCCUGGAGUGUGCAUUUUGUGCUUGAUAGUGGUGACCAGUGCAUGUUUUUGUAGGAAAAGACUGAGAACAGAGCAAAGAAGCAGGGAAGCGGAACUCACUGCACACCACAGCGGCACACCACAGAGGAAAACAAAAGAGGACGCGACUGAAUAUGCAUCACUGAAUCUCAUCAGAACAAGAUGAUAUCAACUGACACCCCGUUUGAAGUGACUCAGACUGCAGGCUCUCGGCCUACAUGUUUAUUGUGACUUUCAGCCUGCCAACAACCUCCUUUUGACUUUUCCCGUACACCAAAUUAUAUUUAAUAAUCAAAACAGAGGAUUUUUAAUUAUUAGUACCAGCUUUAUGUGUUCUUGUUCAUUUCUUUCUAAGCUUGUGACCCUUAUAACUCCAGAACACCUGGUUGGA